GCCUGGGUGCCCAGAUGGGAGCCUAUGGACCCCCACUGGCAAUUCCUGCUAUCGCAGCGCUGGCCAGCCAACUCACGGAGCCGAAUCUCGGAGACCGCAGCGAGCUGGAUCCACCGGCUGAAAUUCCUGCCCGAGACCGGAAGACCAUUCAGGGCAUGCUGGUGCUGGCACAUGCCUUGAACGGCAACCUCGACCUGAUGUGGGGUCGGACCUUGCUGGACUUGAAGCCUGCCAACAGACUGCUGCCCCCGAAAUCGGCCAAUGAGCCUCCACCAAAGCCACAGUCUUUGCUGGAUCCCGCGGACGCGCGGGAGCGCCCGCUGCUCACGAUCGCAGCAGACGAAGAGACGUUGCCGUUCAAGACCCUGUUUGUUCUGGGGCACGAGCCAGAGCUGGGGCUCAGGCUGUUUGCACAGCCUGAGUCGUGCCACAGCCAGUGGAACGACUUUCGGAACGGCAUCCGCAGGUGUGGGCUGCAGCAUACAUUAUUGCUGAGUGCAGUGUUGUGCAACUGUGCACACGGCCCAUUCUCUGGUGCCAAGAACUCGUGGUCCUUGAUGGAGGCUGCAGAGAACCUCGCUACAACCAUGCCUGCAGAAACCUUUGACAGGGUCGUGGAGCAGAUGAUGGAAGAUCUGCAGCUUGACGACGAGGACUCUGAAAGCCUGCCUAAGCAGCCUGCAGAUCUGCCGAAUCUGCCGGCCCUCAAGAACCUCCCACCUUUCGUGAAGGCCAAGUCUUGGUUUGGGGCUGUGGACGCGAUGAAUUAUCUCUGUGAGAACUGGACCCUGCUAGCAACCGUCCUGGACCACGUCCUUCAGCUCGAACCAGAGCAGGCCCAGGCCGGUGGAGCUGAUGACGGCCCUGCUGAUGAUGAGCGGGCGUGGGAUGAAGCAGCAGCAGAAGAUGAUGUUGCAGAAGAUGGUGACGGUGACGAGGAGCCUGGGCCCGAAGCAGCUUCUGGGUCUCGAAAGAGGAAGCAGCCCAAGAAGGCCAAAGUCCCUGACAUGCCUCAAACCAAGAACGACCUGAACCUGCUUCGUCAAUCCUUUAGCAAUACCAUGCAGCUGUGUUCGCAUUUUUACAAAGAUCGUGACCUCCGCCUGGAUAUGCGACUGGUCAGCACGGCUUCCCAGCACCUCCGCGCCUCCUACAGCUCGUCUUUGGAAGCUCAGAAAAGCCAGGCGUUGACAGUUGAGUUCCAGGCUUCCCGGGCCAAAGGCAGCUGGUACAGCCCGGUUCUGAACACGCUGCACCUCAUCCACGAGCCAACGGCCCUCCAGUGUAUCGAAAUCACACCAGCUGCAGCUGCACGCGUGCUUGAGGAUGACGACUGUUUGGCAACAGAGCCGUGGUUCUUGGAUGAGUGUGAACGGCUGACUACAUUUUGGCGACUGCUUGUGGAGCUGUCGGCUGCCAGAUGCUGGUCUCAGGUCCAGUUUACUACACUUCAGCCCAGUGCCCUGGCAGCGGUGCUGAGUCAGGAACGUGGGACUGGUAGCACGGCUCAGCGUUUGCUGGACGAGCAACACAAUGUCUGGCAGGCCGUGCUGCUCGCUGAGCUGGCCGUAACCCCGGACUCGCAGACACCGCCAGCUGUCAAGGCUGCUCUCGCCCAGAUUUUGCAAGAUCUUGGCUGGAAUCGAUUGCAAGUGGCCAGAGAGGCUAUGCUUGAGUGUGAAGCUGGGAAUUGGACGGCGACUGACGGGCGGGUGCAGGAGCAGGCUCGAUGCCUGUUCGCAGGGCCAGCGCAGACCAAGUGGGACUUGGAAGAUCUCUUCGCACACCUAGUUUCCAUUGCACGUGCUGCAAACCUCCCUGUUGGGAUGAAUAAGUGGACCAGAUAUUUUUACUGUUCUACCAUGGACCGGGGCACUGAGUGGCCCCGGCUGCGGACAACGUUGGAGGAUCACCGCGAGUUCAAGUCCACGGUUCUGAACCCGGCACUGAAGGGCAUCUACGGCAAAGCUUUCAAGACUACCGGCAUCAAGAACCUGGACCCGGAACUGCGCAAGGCUUUGGUCAGGGUAAAAUUGAGCAGCUCAAAGAAGGCGGGCACGGCUUCGAACCAAGCAGCUGCAGCCGCCACGAGCUGGAUCGCAGAAUCUGCAGCAGAUGGAUUCCAGCGUGCCUCCCUCACCUGGGCAGGUGUCUUCCUGACGAAGGGCGGUGUUUUCAUCGGCCGUCAGGCCAGGCAUGCCGAGCAGGUGUUCCUGUCGAUGGGUUUCCGCAAGCAUGCGGCGCUAGGAGUGCCCAUGCGACAGCACAGAAGCGUGCAGGACGGAACUGUCACUGUCUACUUCACUGUGGAUACGGACGCCUACCAGCGUGAACUCCGCCCGACUUGGCUCUUCAACGACAAGCUGGUGAACUCUGACUGGCAGCGCUUCCAGAUCAGGGUGGCACACCCCCUCCAAGUCCCGUCCCACUUGCAGGGAUACAGCGUCGUCCUCCAGCAGACAGGCCCAGUCCUCGACCCGAUCCCGGCGGCUCUCCGCUCCGGGGUGUUUCUGACGGUGGGCAAUUUGAAAGCCUUGCAGGCCGCCUUCCAGAUCCCAAUGGGGCCAAAGGGCCGCGGCUCCGGCAAGUCCGGGAACUUCAUCAAAACCGAUUACGCGAGCCGCAUCCUCACCUUCUUCUUUGGGGAGUCCCUCGACCCGGGGGAGCAGAACCGUAUGAUGGAAUUCCUCAUGGGCAAAUCUUCGCAGCGGAAUGGAAAGGGCAGCAGACACGCUGCCGAAAUCCUUGCCGCCUUCCAAAGCCUGAACCCGGAAGAUCAGCCCCAGUUCACGGAUCUAGCUGCAGUUGCUGCAGACGAGGAGAAACUGAAGGCUGCUCGCUCGGAGCGUGCCGACAUGCGAACACUGCAUGCCAGUCCGAUGCACGAGACGCCGAGGGUGCUUGGCCGGCUCCUGCCCUACGGACCUGGCUUUACUUGCCGAUUCAAUCGGCACCCGGUGGAGCAGAGGUACCAGUGUUUCCUUAUCCACGCCGAGUCUG